UACAUGACGUCACUUCCUUUGAUACAUACAAAUAAACUUGGACGGGGGAAGUCGCUACACUUUUUCUUUUGUUUGUUUGGCAGUUUAAAGGAACUGAUGAAAGACAUAUAGUGUUUGCAGACAUUAACGUAUAGAUCUUCUUUUGAUAAUUCUCAGCAAUAAACUUGCAAAUAUGAUGGUCUCACAGCGGCAUCGUAGGACCAGGGAAUUCACUGGUCCUACGCCAAGUUCAGUUGCAAUUUUGGCACGCCCACCAAACAAGCGUCCCCCAGAGCAUCUCAUCCUGGAACGAAGGAAAAAAGAAGACAUGUUAGCAGAGCAUCAGAAAAAUACUCAGUAUAUAGGACUGAAUGACCUAAAAAAUGAGUGGGAAAGAUGGACAGACAGAAAAUACAAAAUAAACACUUGUAAAAGAAAAGUAGAAACUAUGAUGCAAACAAAUCAGUUUACAAUUGAAGAUAGGAGAGAAAGAUUGCGGGACCUUUUAAGGCAAGAGGAGGCACAGUAUUUACAGGAAAUGGAAGAAAAAGAAGAGACAACAAUUGAGAGGCAAGCUAAAAUGAGGGACAGGGCUCGUGCUUUAAAAGAAAAGAGAGAACAAGAGAGAUUGAUGUUUGUCCAAGAGAAAUAUGAUCAACAGUUCAGAAACCAGUGUGAAGAACUGAGAUCUACACUAUCAAAAAGACAACAGGAUGAGGUGUGUGUUGAACGUCUAGAACAAAUUCGUAUUAAGGAAGAAAUUGAAGAUGAGCGAAAACAAGAAGAGCAAAUGUAUGCUCGUCUCUGGGAAGAAGACAUGAUGGCAAAGGCUGCUAGAGAAGAACGAGAUGCUAAAGCUGCUCAUCAACGUAAUGCUGAGGUGCUUGCAGUACUUAGAAAACAGAUGGCUGCCCUCGAGGCUAUGAAAGAUGAGGAACGAAGAUUGAAAGAGGAAGAGGCUGUACUUUUGAGGGAGCAGAAUGCACUGAGAGCAGCUGAAGAAAAGCGCAAAUAUGAGGAGAAGAUAAGAAGCCAACGACGAACCAGAGAAAUGUUAGACAUGUCACUUCAGUUGAAGAUGAAGAAGAAGGCAAAAGAAGAACAGGAGGAGCUGGCAUUUGACCUCAAGAUGUUGGAACAAUUACUGGAAGAGUCCAGGAACGAGGCCAUGGAACAAUUGCAGAGAAAGAAAGAACUACGUGAAGAGGACCGUAGGUACAGAGAACACUUGAAACAGAUGUAUGAAGAGGAGCGCAUACGUGAGCGCGAGCUUGAAGCUCUCAUCCAACAGGAAGUAGAACGUAUGUGGCAGAAACGUCUUGCAGCUUGGCGUCUAGAACGUGAAGCCAGAAAGAAACUUAUGAAUGAUGUUCUUGCUGUAAGAGCUGAACAAGUACGGGAUAGAUUGAAUGCUAACAUGGCUCGUCAACAGGAAGCAGAGUUAGAGCGUCAAGAUUUGUUGAGAACAAUCGAGGAGAAUCGCCAACAUGAGGAAGAACUCGCCCGUAAAAACAAGGAAAAACACAUGACCUACCAAAGUGACCUACAAGGACAGAUUGAGCAUAAUCAGAAUUUGAGACGUGCUCAAUUUGAACGCGAUGAAGAUGAAUAUAUAAAGGGUAUGCAGGCGGAGAGAGAGUACCAGUCACGAUUGAAGUCUUGUUUGGAUAACCCUGAAUACGACCGAGUCCACCCAAUGCGACGUGCUAUGGCUCAAAGGAAUGCUUGAGUAAUGAAAAAGUAUUACUGUUGAUUAGAUGUUGUUUUUUUAUCAUCAGAACAUUGAAAUGUUUCUUUGCUAGCUUUGUUUAUACUUUAUGAUCAUGUUGGAUAUGUCACAUAACAAGUUUUAAUGCUAGCAUCUUUUUGUUAGACUAUUUUUAAAUAUAACUAAUUAAUGAUAUAUGAUUAAAAAAGAGAAUUUGAACAACAUUAAAUAUUUUAUAUAUAAAAUUCAUUUUGUUCGUCCUAAGUUGUAUAUUGAAGAGUUUUCAUAUACCUCAGAUGAUCAGUGUCCAGCAACUUAUUGAAUUUAAAAUCAUGAUGUGAUGUUUUGAUGAUGAAAAUAAUGCUUAAGGUAGUUGUGAUGAAGAGGUGUUGCAUUGUAAUUGAGAGAAACUGUGAUAUGUUGAUUUAUUUUAUUUGUCUUUAUCUUCCAUUUGAUGGUUAAUAAAUUAUGUUGUAUUGAUUGGUCAGUGAAUGUAAAAUGCCCCUGUAAUAAGAGGGAAAGUUUAUACAAUCUCAAGUCAGUAAGCCUGUCAGAUGAUAGAGAUUUAGAUUGGUACUCUUCUGUCUUCUUUUAGUGGUAGAUUACAAUCUGAGUACUGGGAACCAGCCAAUCAGAUGAUAGAGAUUGAGUCUGGUACCCUGCUGUUAUUCUAAGGGAAAUCUAAAGGCAUUCUAGAGCUUGUAUAUAAGUGUCUUGUUGGCAUUGCAUUUCAUAUGAAAAGUGAACAAUUCAAAUAAUGUUACAUAAGCUAGUUAACAUAACUAGUAUUUAAAUUGUUAUUUUGGCAUACCUGUCAUUAAUUCAAGCUAAAGUGUAAUAUGACAAGAUCUAUAUCUUCCUUUCAUGUGAUAAAAUGUUUAUACUGAAGUAAUUCAUGCGUAUUUAAGACAAAAUCAUAAUCUUAUAUGUUUAUCACUAAAAAAUGUUGUAGUUUAUUUUAUCAUAUAGUUAGUCCUAGUUUAAGGGCAUGUCAAAACUGCAAAUAUUUUCUCAAACAAAGUAUACUUAUGAAUCACCUUUAAAGGCCACAGUACAUUUGAAAUUCAAGUAAAGCUUUGUUGUUUUUUUUACUUUGUCACAGUUCAAUGAGAAUGCACAAAUGGCUUAAAAAAAUUU